AUGUCACUGGCGAGCUGUGCUGGCGGUGUGGCGAAACUGAACACUGGCUAUUGCAUCCCGAUGGUCGGGCUUGGCACCUACAAGAUCACUGGUCAGCAGGCGGUCAGUGCGGCUGUGGACGCUGCCCUGCAAGCCGGAUAUCGUCUGUUUGAUACGGCCAAAUAUCUGGAUUUGGUGCUGAUACACUAUCCCAAGGCGGACGCUUGUGAAAACGAUGAUGUACGAAAUCCACAGAAUCGUAUGGACGCAUAUAUGGAGCUGGAAAAAUUGAAAGAUGAGCGCAAAGUGCGAUCAGUUGGUGUUUCAAAUUAUGAAGUUAAACAUAUCAAGGAGAUUGAAAAUUUUGGAAAAAUGAUGCCUUCUGUGAAUCAAGUCGAGUUUCACCCUCAUUUUACUCGCAACGAAUUGAGAGAGUAUUGCAGUACUGAAGGAAUAUUCUUCCAGGCUUAUUCGUCUCUGGCUAGGAAUCAUCCCGACUUGAUGAAUGAAGCCAAAAUUCUUGAAAUUUCGGAAGCUCACAAAUGUUCACCUCAGCUGGUACUUUUGGUUUGGGCAUUAGGCCUUGGUGUCGGUAUUAUACCGAAAUCGGCAACUCCGGAACGAGUGAUCGACAAUUUCAAGGUUGUUAAUCUGAAACUGACGGAGCAAGAAAUCAACGAAAUAAGCAAACUGGAUCGCAAUAAGAAUUAUAUACGGUGCGAUGGUUGGAAUGUUGUUAAUCUGAAACUGACGGAGCAAGAAAUCAACGAAAUAAGCAAACUGGAUCGCAAUAAGAAUUAUAUACGGUGCGAUGGUUGGAAUGUGAACUGA